AUGACGUUGGAGUUACACAUAGAAGUGUUUAAAAAUGGAGAUAAUCCCAACCAACGAUCCCACUGGGGCUUCCUUUUGGCGAAGCCGGAAGAAGACUUCGGUGACCUCUACCAUGUGCAACUGAUCGACCAAUCGACACUUUGGUAUCAGCUGGCUGUUCGUGAAGCUACUACCAUUAAAACCCGGCACGCUAUCGGAAUGUGCAAGAUCGCGCGUCUGAACGCUGGACUCCGUUCAAAGGUCGUUGAGAUCAUCUCAAAUGAGCCUGCUCCUAGGGGCGAUAAAAGAAGAUGCCAGGAUUGGACAAUUGAUGUAUUGGCUUCUCUUGAAGUGGAGGAGCUUAUUGAAGCUGGGACUGCCGAGAGGUGGAACAAGAGAGUGGGUAUGAACGUGAAGGAUAUUGCGAAAGACUGUGGCAAUGACUGGAUUGAGUUUUAA